AAACGCAGCUCCCGCACCAGUCUGCCUUACAUUGUUAACGUUGAUUUCUCCGGUUCAGCCCAGCAUUUUGUCUUCCGUGAGCCAAACCUGGGUCAAAGGAUCCUACAAAACGCAUGAAAUCUCGGCUACAUUUGGCAGCGGGACACACACCGUCAUAGUCUCUAAGAUGAGGAGGAGUGCUGGCCGGAGGCUGCUGGGAGGGAUGAUGUCGCUGUGAAGAGCCGGUGUGCCAUUUCUGAGGACAAGCCUGUGGUCAAGGAGGGGACAGGGACGAAGGAAGUGCCUGGACAACAUGACUGUUUUCAACCAGGAAAAUGUGGCGGAAUUUUAUGAAAUCGGAGACGAGCUGGGGAGCGGUCAGUUCGCUGUGGUCAGAAGAUGUCGCCACAGGAGAACGGGCGUUGAGUACGCCGCCAAAUUCAUCAAAAAACGGCGCAGCAAAUCCAGUCGACGAGGGGUGACGAGGGAGGACAUUGAGCGUGAGGUGAACAUCCUGAAAGAGAUACAGCAUCCAAACAUCAUCACACUGCACGAAGUCUUUGAAAACAAGGCCGACGUCAUCCUGAUCCUGGAGCUGGUGGCCGGUGGUGAACUCUUUGACUUCCUCGCAGAGAAGGAGUCGCUGAGCGAGGAGGAGGCCACUCAAUUCCUCAAGCAGAUCCUGGAUGGAGUCUUCUACCUGCACUCCAAACAAAUCGCUCACUUUGACCUUAAGCCGGAAGACAUUUUCAUCUUAAAGAAGCACCUGCCUCACCCGCGCAUCAAGCUCAUUGACUUUGGCCUGGCCCACAAAAUAGAUUUUGGCAACGAUUUCAAAAACAUUUUUGGAACUCCAGAAUUUGUAGCUCCAGAAGUAGUCAACUACGAGCCGUUGGGCCUGGAGGCAGACAUGUGGAGUGUUGGUGUGAUAACCUACAUUCUUUUGAGCGGUGCGUCUCCUUUCCUGGGCGACAACAAGCAGGAGACACUGGCCAACGUGUCAGCUGUCGACUACACUUUCGAUGAAGAGUUCUUUAGCAAUACCAGCGUCCUGGCCAAAGACUUCAUAGCAAGGCUUCUUGUCAAAGACCCAAAAAAGAGAAUGACAAUUCAGGACAGCCUCCAUCACCCCUGGAUCAAGCCAAAAGACACUCAACAAGCACUGAGCAGAAAGGAGUCGGCCGUCAACAUGGAGAAGUUUAAGAAGUUUGCAGCUCGAAGGAAAUGGAAACAAUCCGUCCGACUCAUCUCCUUAUGCAACCGCCUGUCCCGCUCCUUUCUGUCCAGAAGCAACAUAAGUGUGGCACGCAGUGAUGAUACGCUGGAUGAGGAAGACUCAUUUGUGAUGAAGGCCAUCAUCCAUGCCAUAAACGAUGACAACGUGCCCGGUCUGCAGCAUCUGCUCGGCUCCUUGAACAGUUACGACGUCAACCAGCCCAACAAGCACGGGACUCCUCCCCUCCUGAUUGCAGCCGGCUGUGGCAACAUUCAGAUCAUCGAGGUGCUGAUGAGGAAAGGUGCAGACAUCCAGGCCCAUGAUAAGAGUGGAGCCAACGCUAUCUACUACGCAGCAAGACACGGCCAUGUUGGGACCCUGAAAUUCCUUCAUGAAAAGAGCUGCCCUCUGGACGUCCAAGAUAAGGUGAAUCAUACGGCUCCUUUUCCCUGUCUCAUACACAUCCCCCCUUCACCAAGUUAUGGCAACGUGGACGUGGUGAGCUACCUGUGCAGCAUCCGGGCCAACCCAGACCUGGCUGACAGGGAGCAGGAGACCCCACUGCAUUGUGCCGCCUGGCAUGGCUACUCGGCAGUAUCCCGAGCACUCUGCCAGGCAGGCUGCCAUGUAGACGCCAAGAACCGCGAGGGCGAGACCCCACUGCUGACAGCAUCCGCUCGGGGCUUUGUGGACAUCGUGGAGUGCCUGGUGGAGCACAGGGCCGAUCUGGAGGCAACUGACAAGGACGGCCACACAGCCCUCCACCUGGCCGUACGCAGGUGUCAGAUCGAAGUGGUUCGCUGCCUCCUCAAACACCAGUGCCACCUGGACCAGCAGGAUCGCCAUGGAAACACGCCACUACACAUAGCCUGUAAGGAUGGAAACCUGCCAAUCGUCAUGGCGAUCUGCAGCGCCAAGGCCAACCUCGACCUCCCCAACAAGCACGGCAGAACUCCCCUCCACCUGGCUGCCAACAGCGGCAACCUUGAGGUGGUCCGACAUCUCUGCCUGGCCGGAGCCAACAUCGAUGCAGUCACCAAUGAUGGAAAGACAGUGGAGGAUUUGGCUUCUAACAAUCAACAUGAACACAUAGUCUUCUUGCUGGGCAAGCUCAAAAAGGACAACCACAAGCUGAGCUACAUCCAGCAGCUGCGGCUCACUCAGACGGUUCAGCCCAGGAUCAAACUGAAGCUGUUUGGUCACUCUGGAGCCGGGAAGAGCACCCUGCUGGAGUCUUUGAAAUGUGGCAUCCUGCGCAGCUUCUUCAGGAGGAGGAGGACACGCAUGACCAACACGGCCCGCCACCCCAACUCCCCCGUCAACUCCAAACCUGCUGUGUCUGUGAGUAUUUCCAACUUGUACCCGGGCUGUGAGAAUGUGAGUGUGCGGAGUCGCAGCAUGAUGUUUGAGCCCAGCCUCACCAAAGGCGUCCUGGAGGUCUUCUCCCCCGUCCACAGUGCUUUGUCUACAGCUGACGACCAGGCCACGAGGGCCAUCGACAUCCAGCACGCCAACAUCCACGGUGUGGGGGAUUUUAGUGUGUGGGAGUUUUCAGGGAACCCGGUCUACUACUGCUCCUACGACUACUUUGCAGCCAACGACGUCACAGCAAUCCAUCUGGUCCUGUUCAGCCUGGAGGAGCCAUAUGAAACCCAGCUGGGCCACAUCACCUACUGGCUGAACCUGCUGAAAGCCCUGACCCUGCCCCAGGACAGCAUCGCGUUCGGAGGUCGAAUCCAGCAACCUCUUGUGGUUGUCCUGGCGGCGACGCAUGCUGACCUCGCUGACCUCCCCAGAGCUUUCUCUGGAGAGUUCAGCUACGACAAGGAGAGAGCGCUGCUCAAGGAAGUCAGGAACAGGUUUGGGAACGAUCUGCAGGUCAGUGACAAACUAUUUGUGAUGGACGCUGGAGCCUCCAACUCCAAAGACAUGAAGCUGCUGAGGAGCCACCUGCAGGAGCUUCGCACCAGCAUCAUCUCGAGUUGCAGUCCCAUGACGCUGUUGUCAGAGCGUUUACUGGCCACCCUGCCCACCUGGAGGAAGCUGAACGGACCAAACCAGCUGAUGUCAUGGCAGCAGUUUGUCAGCGAUGUCCAGGAGCACAUCAACCCUCUGGUGAGCCAGGAUCACCUGCGCAUGCUGGCCCUGCAGCUUCACAGCAUGGGGGAGCUCAACAUCAUGCAGAGUGAGACGGUGCAGGACGUUGUACUGCUGGAGCCUCGCUGGCUCUGCAGCAACAUCCUCGGCAAGCUGCUCUCUGUGGAAACGCCCAAGGCCAUCCACCACUACAGGGGCCGCUACAGGUUGGAGGAGGUGCAGGCUCUGGCUCCUGAAAGUGACGUGGAUGAGCUGCUGCAGAUUCUCGAUGCCAUGGACGUCUGUGCCCGCGACAUCACCAACCCCACUAUGAUAGAUGUUCCGGCUCUCAUCAAGACAAAUGGCCUCCACCGCUCCUGGACCGAAGAGGAGGAGGAGGAGGAGUCGCCUCUGAUCUACGGUGGGGUACGACUCGUCCCAGCCGAGCACCUCACCCCCUUCCCCUGUGGCCUGUUCCACAAACUGCAGGUGAACCUGUGUCGCUGGAGCCACCAGCAGAAGCCAGAGGAGGAGGGCGGGGAGGAUAACGACGGAGAUAUCCACCUGUGGACCAGCGGAGCCAAGGUGAGCCAGGCAGGAGUGGAGGCUAUGAUCCUGUUGGUCAACCAUGGCCAAGGACUAGAGAUUCAGGUGCGUGGGCACGACUCCGAGCGUGCCAAGUGCUACACCCUGUUGGACACCGUUUGCAGUAUAACAGAAAACCUGCUGGCCUCCACGCUCCCUGGACUGCUCACAGCCAAAUACUACCUGAGUCCUCAGCAGCUGCGGGAACACCAUGCCCCCAUCAUGAUCUACCAACCCAAAGACUUUUACCGAGCCCAAGUCCAGCGUGAAACUUCGCUCACCAACACCAUGGGUGGAUACAGGGAGAGCUUCAGCAGCAUCCUGACUUUUGGCUGUGCUGAAAUUUACCAGCAGGGGAUUCUGGGAACAGACAUCCACAUUUCAGAUGUCCCCCUGCUGGCUCGCAGGAAGCUGUGCCGCAUGUUGGACCCUCCUGAUGCUCUGGGGAAAGACUGGUGCCUGCUGGCCAUGAACCUCGGCCUCACAGACUUGGUGGCCAAACACAGCAGCGGCACUCCAAAUGGCGCUCCUGAGCUGGACUCAGAUGCAGACUCCCAGCAGGCUGUGCUGCAGCUCAGCCCGACAGCAGCACCGCUGCAGGAGGCACUGCUGCAGGAGUGGAGUGGGCGAGCAGACAGCACAGUGGGUGUACUGAUGGCCAAGCUGAGGGAGCUCGGCCGCCGAGACGCUGCCGACUUCUUGCUCAGAGCGUCUCCUGUUUUCAGAGUCAACAUGGAGACUUUGGGAGGGGCCGCCAAUGGCUAACCCCCCACCUGCAACGGAGGAACAUCAUACAACUCCAUCAGCUCAGUCAUAUCUCGCUGAACUGAACAGGGUCGGCUUUCUGUCUCUGCCAAACGUCAGACAGUUGGUCUGAUGGGAUAUUUCCCCAAAAGAGGACCAUUUGUGUAUGAAUGAAGUGCAAUUGUUACCAGAGUCCAGCUGCUCGCUCUUUAACUCCAUUAAGUUGCCCUGUGAAGCAGAUGUUGUUUUUGUGCUUUCCACACCUGUACAGCCGACCCUUCCUUCCACGAUGAAUGUUGUGAAAGAACUGGAUGCCCUGAGUUCCAAAGAGGAAUCCUGUGAUUCUUAUUCUGGUCUUUUUGAGCUGCUUUUUAAUAUCCCUCCUACACUACUGCACGCACAGGCCUCCCUCCUCUUACAGCUGACAGAGUACAGAAAAGUUUCAUCUUAUCAUCUCUACAUGAAAGAAUGGGCAUGGUUAAAAAGAUGGUGGUGUCACGUUUGGACCUUUUUCAUAUCUGUCCACCAGUAAAAAACUGAAACCUCAUUUUAUCACGUAGGAGGCUGUCAUCUUUACUCACUCCAUCCAUCACACUUGCAUAUAAUCCUAUCUCCCUCCUUUCCUCUGUUUUACUGGUGUGACAUUUGGCCAUUCAGCCUAGUGUUUAAUAAAUUUAUAGCAUUUUUCAGAGUGCCUUUGUGGCCUUCUACCUCCCUAAAGAGCACAAUAUUCUUGCUUUUAUAAAAACAGUAGUUCUUUCCAAACAUUUGAAGAACUGUGCCUUGUCGACACUCAUAGUAAAAUGAAUUUCAACCACGUUUAGAAAGCAGGCGAUCUGUUACUGAAGUGGAAAAGGCUGUUUUACAUUUUAGACAGGAAAAAGUGGCCAAGAAAAAAAAAGCAAAGCUCAUUUUACAAAGUUUUGAAAUUUGAAUUACACUUGUAAAUUAAAACAAAACAGUCACAUGACAAAAAUCAGGCCAUUAGACUUCCUGUUUUGUUUAACAUUUGGGAGUCGGUCAGGAGAUAAAACAUGUUCAGUCUUCUCUCUGAUUCAGUGUGGAGACAAUGUGACACCUUGUGGGAGCUGCAGGCUGAGUCAGUGAGGACCCGUUUCAAUAUGUUUAACAACUAAUCUUCAAGAACCAUCACUCCAUCCAUCAUUCAUCCAUCCAACAACAUUGCUGGUGAAUUUGCUAACACUUUGUUUUACGGGUCCAAUUAUUUCCUAUUAAUUUCAUGAAAGUUUAAUGGAAGGAAACGUGUAAUUUGGUACUAAUUACAGGAAAAACCGUUUAGCUACUUGUGUUGACUUGGAUGUUGAGCUCCAGGUGAAUUUCCAUGAAAGAAGUUACUCAUUUUAAAUCACAGAGAAUUAGUUAUUACUCACUAAUUUUUAGUAGAAAUUUUACUUUUCAUUUAUGUUGAAUUGUAUUUGUUUGUUGACACAUUUCACACUUUGUGCAGCUCACCUGCUAGCCUCUGAAUAAAGAGUCCAGGUUGUGCUAGCUUAGCAUUUGGGAGUAACUGGAAGUGGACCGACUGCUCUGUUUUACCUGUAAUUCGUACCAAACUGUGAUUCUUUCCAAGAAACUAAUUAGGAGAUUAUUUGGAAAUACUGUAAAUUGGAAUUUGCAAACCUGCAGAAUAAGGUGUUACCCUGACUUUUUUUGGUAAGUCUUCAUUUUAUAAGUCCCGGGAUUUCCUAAAUAUCUCUAGUGAGUUUUCCUGGAAAGUGUGAUGUAACAUGGUGCUACUUCAGUGUAGUUUGAAUUAAGUUAAAGGUUUUUGAUUAUCUCA